AAAAAGUAUUGCGUCCGUAACCAAACAGGAAGGGCAAUUGAGCCCUUAUUCCGGAUUAGGGUUAAGUCUUCUCCAUCGCAGAUCAGGCGCCAAAAGCUCUACAAAUCGGCCUCUGUUUUUCCCGUCUACAUCAAAACAGGUCCGCUUCUCCAAGAAUCGUUGAUAGUUACUAUUUGUGGCUGAAAGAAUGAAUAGCCAAAUCACUACAAGCAAUGAUCGUUCGAGGACAUAUUGGAUUCCAUCAAUGGAGCGAUAUUUCAUUGAUCUUAUGUUAGAGCACAUGCAUAGAGGAAACAGAAGCGGGCAUAGCUUCAACAAGCAUGCAUGGACUGAGAUGCUCACCACAUUCAAUGCACAAUUUGGAACCCAGUAUGACAAAGAUGUUUUAAAGGGCAGAUAUACAAAUUUGUGGAAGCAAUUCAAUGAUGUAAAGAAUCUUCUAAGUCAAGAUGGAUUUUCAUGGGAUGAAACUAGAGAAAUGGUUGUAGCUGACGACAGUGUCUGGAAUGCUUACAUUCAGGCUCACCCUGAUGCACGAUCUUACAGGACUAAACCAGUGUUGAAUUUCAAUGAUUUGCGUGUGAUAUACGAGUACACGACUGCAGAUGGAAGAUACAGCAGAUCAAGUCAUGAUGUCGACAUUGACGAUGAAGUUUUAGGAGUUAAUAUGGGUGAUGGAAUGGUCAGCCUUGCCGCUUCAAGUAGUGAGCGUCCAAGGACUGAUUGGACUGCGGAUAUGGACCAGUAUUUCAUUGAACUUAUGCUGGACCAAGUAGGGAGAGGAAAUAAGACUGAUAGUGCUUUCAACAAACAAGCAUGGACCGAUAUGCUUGCUUUAUUUAAUGCAAAAUUUGGUCCUCAACAUGGCAAAAGGGUUUUAAGACAUCGGUACAAGAAAUUGUGGAAGUACUAUUUAGAUAUGACGAAAAUUUUGAACCAAAAUGGCUUCUCGUGGGAUGAGACUCAACACAUGAUUAUAGCUGAUGAUGAUGCUUGGGAUGCUUACAUCAAGGGGCACCCAUAUGCAAGGGCAUAUAAAAUGAAAGCGUUGCCAAAUUACAAUGAUUUGAUCCUUGUUUAUGGGAAUGCAACUGACAAUGGAAAUCUAAGUUUGCAUCCAGACAAAGACCUUGAAGUUGGUGUACCAGCAACAAAAGGCGGCGAAGGACAGGGAAGUCGAACUCAUUCUGGUGGUGAUCGUACAAGAACAUUUUGGACACCUCCAAUGGAUCGUUUUUUCAUUGACUUAUUGCUAGAGCAGGUGUAUAAAGGAAAUAGAAUUGGACAAACAUUCCUAGCCCAGGCUUGGACUGACAUAGUUUUAUCAUUUAAUGAGAAAUUUCAAUCUCACCAUGACAAGGAUGUUCUGAAGAAUCGAUACAAACAUUUGAGGAGGCAGUAUAAUGACAUUAAAAAUCUUCUCGAGAAUAGUGGGUUUUUGUGGGAUGGAUCCCGAGAAAUGGUUGUGGCUGAUGAUUAUAUUUGGGAUGCUUAUGUCAAGGAACAUCCUGAUUCUAGAUCAUAUAGAGUGAAAACCGUUCCAAGCUAUGAUAAAUUAUGUAUUAUAUUUGGAGAAGAAAGUUGCGAUGGAGGAUACAACCGUUUGGCUGAAAAUGUAGAUUCUUGGCAUGGAAUUCCUGUUUUGAUGAAUGGUGAGGAUAAUAGCGAAUACUUCCCCACCAGUAUUCUUCCUUUCACAGUUGAUUGGACAGAGCCGAUGGACUGUUGUUUCAUUGACCUAUUGCUAAAGCAAGUGACUGGGGGAAAUAAGAUUGAUCAAACAUUCAAUGAGCAAGCAUGGGCUCACAUGGUUGAUUCAUUCAACUCAAAGUUUGGAGUUCAAUAUAACAAAUAUAUUUUGGAAGCUCGCUAUACCGACCUAUUUCAAAAGCACGAUGACAUCAGUAAUAUCCUCAGUAACAGUGGGUUUUCCUGGGAUGAAGCACAGCAAUUGAUCAUUGCUGAUAAUAAUAUCUGGGAAGCUUACAUAAAGGACAACCCAGAGGCUAUAGCAUACAGAGAGAGAAACUUAGGCGAUUAUAGGGAUUUAUGCAAAAUUUUUGGGGAAAAAGGAUCAGAUGAAAGACUCAGUGGUCAGGCUAUAAAAUUGGGAACUUACCAUAACUCUCUGGGAUUGGAGAUGGAUGGAGUGCUCGGAGAUCUACAAACACACACAGAAAAUGUAGCAUCUGCGGAGCAAAGGAAGCGGCCAAGUGUGAUACUAUCAGACCGCAGACGUGGCAAAGUGCAGAGAACCAGCAAGGACAUGCAAAGAGUUCUUGAGAUUGCAGGUGUGGUCAAAAUGUUGGUGGAUAACAGAGAACGCAAGGAUCAUAAAGCAAUAGAGAAUGCUAUCAACGCACUUCAAGCUGUACCAGAUAUUGAGGAAGAGCUUUUGUUGGAUGGUUGUGAUCUUUUAGAAGAUGAGAGAAAGGCAAAAACAUUUUUGGCUCUGGAUAUAACACUACGAAAGAAGUGGUUACUGAGAAAGCUACGUCCAAAGGAUCUGUGAUUUUCAAUUUGAUGCAGUUUGAAUGUAAAUUAGUUUAGAUUGAUUUCCUCGCCUUCUAUUUCGAUUAAGCUAAACUAACUUCAAAUAUUGAAAUUUGAUUCUAUUAUAUCCCUUCA